AAAUCCGUUUAGUACAAAAGGUUACAAGUCUAGAAUCGAUUUUUGUAAUUUUUUUAGUAUAUAUGACAUUGGUUUGACUGUGUUACAAAGUCAAAGUAAAAUCCCAAAAAAAGAAAGAGGAAUAUUUUGGUUCUGAGAAAAGACAUAAAAAAAACAAUAGAGAAACCUUGUAAAAUCCCGCCAAAAUUUUCACAGAACCCCUAAAAAAGUUUGAGUGUUGCCGCCAUCCAUAGAUUUAUUCCACCAUCUUCAUCUCUGGAAAUCCUUCGCCGCCGCGAGAAUUGACAUUGUUUUGAUUGCAUAUAAAUCUCCGCAACAGUAUGGUACGUUUUGUUUAGAUCUACGGUUUUGUUAUCAUCCGUUAAUUCGGCGACAUCAGCAACGAUUUGCUUCAUCCACAAACCGAAUAGAUGUCAAAGUGAAGCGAGGAGACCCGCCGAUUCGACAUGUACGGGAGAAAAGGGUAUCAGCUUAUCAAAGAUUUUGCCACCGGAGAGAAGGGUCAGCUCAAACCUUUCAACGUAAGACUUCAAGCUCCCACCUUUAUGACACUAAAUCUCUCAAUUUAUACAGGCUAUUGAAAUUUUUGAGUAUCUGUAAUCUAACGUAUAUCAAUCUUGCAAGUUUGGCCAGUAGGUUUUGAUUAUAGGUGACGGAAUGUUAGCAAAUUUCCAGUCCUGGGUUGAUAAUAUCCAAUUCUGUAAUUAGAAAGUAUUAUCUUGGUUAGCUAUGAGGUAGAUUAGUUCUUUAACCUCUUGUAUUUCUAACAGAGCAAACUCUUUGAUGAAACAAUCGAAGAGUGUGACCAGAAUCACCAUCUUAUCCAGUCCUUGAUAAGGAAAAUGCAACAAGAAGGUUUGGAUGUUCAGAACAACAGAAACGCUGACCACUAUGGAGCACUAAUUCACCACCUUGCUUUGAUCCGGAACAAGCGCUGCCUCAUGGCUUAUGUGUACAACCGAGCAGAAAUUGUGCGUGAUUUGGCAUGGAGAGUAGGGCUUGAACUUCUCGACCUUCCCUCUGAAAUCCAAGAGAAGCUCACUACACUAGAGAAGGAAUACUUCAAAAACCAUUCGGUUGCUCUAAAAUCAUACAUGGGAAAAGUAGGAAUCGAGUUGAAUGUCGAUAUGGUCCCUCCUAAAGAUCCUUAUAUCAAGGUCAGAAUUUUGGAUGAUAUUGAUGAAGGAAUCGUGCUGAGUGACAAAACAACAAAUUUUGCCCGUCAUUCUAUGCAUUUCCUCAAACGUACUGAUGCGGAACCAUACAUUGCUCGGGGCCAAAUGGAGGAGCUGACAGGAUGAUUGAUCUAAUCAGAAGCUGUGGUGGGCUCAGAUGAAUCACGGUCGGGUCUGUGAUCAAAGAAUGUAAGCUUACUUAGCCUUGUAUAAUUGUAAGACAGGAACAUGAAACCAGAAACCUCAUACUCAAACUCAUGUAACAAUUAUUUAUCUUACAAAGUUACUUCUGUAGUGCAUAACAUUCACUAGCAAUAAUGCAGUUUUGACAAGCUCAAAAUUACCUUUUUUCCAAUGGACAAUCUUUCAAGGCUUCAAUACUCAGUCUUUUUGUUACUUGCUGGCUUUUCACUAUAGAAGUGAACCUGCAGCUAAAAAGAUAAGAAUCUGCCACAAAUGCUGCAGAAAAAUGAGAAUAUGUCAUCUACAAAACAUACCUCAAGAUUAGCUUGUAAGAUCUGAAUAGUGAUGAGGCAUUUACUCGAACGAUGAUCAUUGUCACAUCUCUGAUUAAUGUAAACGAUAAACGGAUUUUUGAUGUUUCCAUAUAGUUUGAUAUUGUCUCUUUCCUUAGGCGUUUUCAAAACCAUAAACAUAGGUGAAUG